ACCCUCCACUUCUCCUUCGCCGAUCUCCAUUUUUCUCCUUACCAAUCCUUAACCCUUUCAUUUAAUUAGAAAUUAGUCAUGGAUAGAGAACAAGAAGAGAUGCAGUUUCUUGGGGUCUUUGGCAUAUACAGAGAAGCUUAUAGGAUCAUCUUCUCGUGGAGAAAGAUCUUCAGUCAGAUUACUCUUGCCUUGAUUCUUCCUCUAUCUUUCAUCUUCUUAGCUCACAUCGAGGUAUCCAAUGUCCUCUUUGCGAAGAUAAUCUACAACGAAGAAGAGUUAGAUGAGACACAAGUCGGCACCCGAAAAUACGAGAAAAUAUCUGACAUGAUUUCUUCUGAAUGGGUCUCUUUUUGGCUAUUCAAAGCUGCAUACUUCACCUUCCUUCUUAUAUUCUCUCUUCUAUCAACUGCAGCUGUUGUUUACACCAUAGCUUGCAUUUACACCGCACGAGAAGUGACAUUCAAGAAGGUGAUGAGUGUUGUCCCUAAGGUUUGGAAGAGGCUCAUGGUCACGUUUUUGUCCAUCUUUCUUGCUGUUUUUGCAUACAACUUUGUUUCUAUAUUAGUCGUUAUUACAUGUGUGUUUUUAGUUGGCCCUAACAAAGUUGUUCCACUUCUCUUAUUUUUAUUGAUUCUAUACUUCAUGGGCCUUGUGUACAUGAGCAUAAUUUGGCAAUUGGCAAGUGUUGUGUCCGUGUUGGAAGAGGCUUCUGGAUUUAAAGCCAUGAUGAAGAGCAGGGAAUUAAUUAAAGGGAAGAUGUGGGUGGCAAUAAUUAUAUUUUUCAAGCUAAAUCUUUCUUCUGUGGCAUUACACAUCUUAUUUGAGAAGAAGGUUGUGCACGGAUCUUCACUAGGCAUCUUGAACAGGGCAUCAUUUGGGAUUCUCUCUUUGCUGGUGCUUCUCGUGUUGUAUUUGUUUGGACUUGUUAUCCAAACGGUGAUCUACUUUGUCUGCAAAUCUUAUCACCAUGAAAAUAUCGACAAGUCGGCCUUGUCAGAUCACCUCGAAGUUUAUCUGGGAGAGUAUGUUCCUUUGAAGUCCAAGGAUGUCCAGCUAGAGCAAUUUGAUGUUUGAGUUCAUAAUCAACACACGGCAACAAUGAACAAGAACUGCUGUAAUAGUAAUUCGAUCCAUCAUAAAUCAUGCGUGUACUUCUUUUUUCUAAAGUGAUAAAUCAAUUUUAUGGUUGCUUUA